UUGUCCCCUGCCCUGGCCAGUGGCCACUGUCAAACCAGACAGGCAAGAGGCAGCUGUGGUGAGGCAGCCAGGAGGGAGUGCAGGAUCAUGGCAGCCCAUGUGCAGCUGAACACCUCUGCCAAGAUGCCCCUCGUGGGGCUGGGCACCUGGAAGUCUGCAGCUGGGCAGGUAAAAGCUGCAGUGACGGCUGCCAUCGAUGCCGGGUACCGCCACUUCGACUGCGCCUACGCCUACCUGAACGAGAGUGAGAUUGGGGAAGGGAUCCAGCAGAAAAUCAAGGAAGGCGUUGUGAAAAGAGAAGAUCUCUUUGUUGUCAGCAAGCUGUGGUGCACCUUUCAUGAGAAGCCUCUGGUGAAGGGAGCCUGCCAGAAGAGUCUUGCCAAGCUGAAGUUGGAUUACCUGGAUCUCUACCUCAUCCACUGGCCCUUUGGCUACAAGGCUGGAGAGGAAUUGUUUCCCAAAGAUGACAAAGGCAUGGCCAUACCCAGCAACAGUGAUCUUCUACAGACGUGGGAGGCCAUGGAAGAUCUGGUGGAUGCUGGCCUGGUAAAAGCCAUUGGAUUCUGCAACUUCAACCAUGAGCAGAUUGAAAGAAUCUUGAACAAGCCAGGACUGAAACACAAGCCUGCAAAUGUCCAGAUUGAAUCUCAUCCAUACCUCACCCAGGAGAAGCUGAUCAAGUACUGCCAAUCCAAAGGGCUGGCUGUGACUGCAUACUGUCCCCUUGGCUCUCCUGACAGACCAUGGGCUAAGCCUGGGGAUCCUUCCCUGCUGGAUGACCCCAAGAUCAAAGAGAUUGCAGCCAAGCACAACAAAACCCCAGCACAGGUUCUCCUUCGCUUCCAGAUCCAGAGAAAUGUGAUUGCCAUUCCCAAAUCUGUCACCCCACAGCGCAUUGUGGAGAACUUCCAGGUGUUUGACUUUGAACUGACUAAAGAGGAGAUGGAAACUAUUCUGUCCUUCAACAGAAACUGGAGGAUCUGUCAAAUGAACGUGUCCAAAAAUCUCAAGGAAUACCCUUUCCAUGCAGAAUACUGAAGGUGCUUGUAACAUGGCCUUUACCAGACCUCUGGUGCCAUCUGCCAGGGAAGACAUAGGAUGUUUAUCCCACAACAUUUAGGGCUUUUGGAAGAAGGAAAGAAUAUUUUCUACAGCACCACUAUUCACUGGUUGCCUUCAGUCUUGCAUCAGCAGAAACCAGAUGUUGACAAACGCACCCCACAGAUCCACAAUUUCAUCAAAGGUGUCAUGCAUUUUAAAUAAAAUCAACUUUAAAAUGCAAAAA